AUGCUGUGUGCAACCGUCCUUCGAGUGCCCUCACAUUCGCGUUCUCGAUCGACUAGCUCAGUAUUCCAGUUCUCUCUUUUCCAGAGACUGGACUUUGACUUACUGUUGGGCUGGUGCUUCCUGAGUGUCUUGGGGUAUGUGUGCUUGCUAUUCAGUUUGCCCAGCUAUUCCGUUGCGAUUGGCCUCACCCAACAACAAGGUAGUCUUGCCGGUGAACUAUUCAAUCUGGACCAGGCAUUCGGGCGACCGGCUGUUGGGUUCUUGAGUGAUCAUUUCGGGCGAAUAAGCAUCGCUUUUGGCGCAUCUCUCCUCUCGGGCAUCCUGCCAUUGGUGCUCUGGAUCUUCGCUGGUUCCAUGGGGCUGAUAUACUUCUUUGCGAUAGCAGUGGGCUUAGUCGCCGGCACAUCCCUGGCUGCCGUGGCACAAGUUGCUGCCGAGGUCGUUGGGUUGCAGCACCUCGGGGUUGCACUUGGGAUCUUGUUGUUUGUGAUGAGUCCUCCCACUCUGGUGGCUGAAGCGAUUGCGGUCCAGCUUCGAGAUGAUUCCCAUGAGUUGAAGCGCUACUUGCGGAUUCAGAUUUUCGUUGGUUCCAUGUAUCUGGGUGCUUCUGCCUGUUUGGGUUGGCUGUGGCUUGAAUUGGGGAAGAAGCAGUCGGCUUCUAGGGUCAACAAGGUCUCCCACUAG